AUAAAGCCCCAGGGAAUUUGAAAAAAAAAUUUAAGUGAUAAUAAUUACAGAAUAAGUCAAUUUCAAAAUAGGUACUCGUAUGUUAUCAAUAAUGCUUCGUGGUAACUCGUGAUUUAACAUUUAACAAAACGAACGAUUGGAAUUGUGUAAUUAAAUUAUUUUUUUAAAAAACAAUAGUCAAACGCAUGUUCUAGAGAAUUUGUAUCGUGAAAGCGUUUAUUAAAUACAUCUUAAAUUUAUGACAAAACUAUUCCGUUUCAGCUCGUGAGUUUACAAAGAUAUCUGUUUGGUACUCAUGUAUAACGAUCGAAACAUUACCUUACACGAAAAUAAACGAUUUGGAGCGUUUGAUGUGUUGAUUGCGAUAUGCUAUGCAAACACAAACAAUAUGUGACGCUUUUACUUUGUCGAUCGGCGACGUCUCAAAACCAGCCCUCCGUCAGACAACGCUUGUCAUUCGCGUACCGAAGACGAUCGCGACGAUUUCAGACCACUUGCUGCCUGUGCUCCGUUUGACCAAUACGUACUUACAAGUUCUACUUCAAGACUACGGAUACGACAAUAUUAUUUUACUUAAUUAGCUAUGCAGACAUCGAUGUCCGUGCUCGUGUGCUUACUGCUGUUUGUGACUCGAUCCGUUUCGGGACAUGUGGUCGAUGAACAUCGUGCGGGAGUUUACGGUGACGAUGGUGCUGACCAGAAAGAGGGCCAACUGCGAGAUAUAAAACCGGAGUCGGUGUUAAUGGGCCUCGCCAAGACGUUAAUCGGUGGCAAAACGGCAGCGGCCAGUGGUCAAUCGCUGAGCUUGAACAUGUCAAACUUAGUACUGAUGUUGGUGCUCAGGGGUCUGAUAUGGGGCGUGUCAUACAUGCAAAACGGAGGUGACGUCAAAGAAGCACGAAAUGAAGACUCGACCGCGGUCGGCGGACUAUUCCAGGACAUGGUAACCGAAACUGACGUGAUGUUGUUUCUCGGAUAUCUGGUGGCCGACGAGUCGGGCCGAUACGAAUGUCUGAACCGCGUGGCGUGCGAGCAGCCGGAGCGGGCGGAGAGUUAUUUCAGGACCGCCGAAAUGGUCUGGAAAACCGCUAAAAUGUUUGACGAUGUGAUACCGUUGGACUCGAAGUACGAGAAAACGUUGACCAGGUUGCAAGAAGCCAUCGAGAACGGAAUGGCGGAUGGAGAUUGUGAGUCGAAAUAUAAAUGCUUCGGGCCGACUAAUUCCGAUACCUUUAAAUUGUAGUCGAAUGAAGUUUAAUUACAGUCAUAUUUUCUUAUAAAGCAUUUAAAUAUAAUUAUUUGUGGAAUUAAGUCUGAUCGACAAUGAAUAAUGAUGAACAUACCGAUGAGCGCAAUCUUUUAGGUUAUUUUACAUAGUUGGUAAAUUUGUAAUCACUGAUUACUAAUCACCAAUCAACAUUGUUUCAAAUAUUUUGUGAUAUAAACAUAUUUUUUAUAUUGUAAGAGUAUCCGACAAAAACAAAGUUAUUACUAUUAUUAUAU